AUGGCUUCCGAGUCUGUUCCUUCUCUCAACGUCGUCGGAUACAUCCACACUACUUCUCCACCAAACCACUUAUCCUCUCUGUCACACAUCACUCUCAUAACCGUAACGGUCCUCGCCGUCGCUGUUACUGUAUCUCUUGCUCUGUACUUCAUCAUCCGUUACCGUCGCCGUUUCUCUCCGUCAUCCGCUCCGGUCUUCUCCUCCUCGCAUCGGAUAUCGCCGGAGAUCGCUUCGUCUUCCCUCGCCGACUCCCUCCCGGCGUUCACCUUCUCCUCCGUCACGCGCCGCUCAUCCUCCGCUGCCGCCGGUGACUGCGCCGUUUGCCUCUCGAAGUUCGAGCAACGCGACCUCCUCCGCCUCCUUCCGCUAUGCUGCCACGCUUUCCACGCCGAAUGCAUCGACACGUGGCUCCAAUCGAACCUCACGUGUCCGCUCUGCCGCUCUGUCGUUGCCACCUCCGAAUCGGACCUCGCGAAGGUUUUCCGGUCGCCGUCCUUCGCCGGAGGCAACAGCUUCCGGCUGGAAAUAGGUAACAUCAGCAGCCGCCGCGGCGGAGAUACAUCUGACGCCGCCGGAAGGUCGUAUUCUGUUGGCUCGUUCGAGUAUUUCAUCGACGAAGAGGCUGAGGUUCCGUUCAGUCAUGCUCACCGGAGAAGCGUUUCCAGCGAGAAAGACGAUGCUGCGGCGGUGGAGUUUCCGGCUUCGGAGCCGAGUUUAGCUGCUGAGGUUGGGCGUGGAAGUAGUAAUAGCUGGUUGAAGGAUUACGUUGAUCGUCUUUCGGCUACGAUGUCGUUUCGAAGCUCUGGAAGGUUCUUCACUGGGAGUAGUCGCCGAAGCGACGUCGUUGCAGUUGGAGAUUACGAUGUGGAAGCCAACCGUUUGGGGGAAGAAAUCGGUGAAGUCUUUCGUUGGAUUUCUGGGGUUUGA